CGCAAUGUCACAGCGAGAAACGUCAUCUACUUAUCAUUUGCCUUGCCCGUGUGCGAUCCCACUGUGAAAGCGUCCCUCCGCAAUCAGCAGACCGUGUUGCACCGGGAGCAAGUGUUUGCAACGAUCCCCUCCCCCCUGGGCUAGGAUUGUAACUCGUUCUGCACGCCGCCAAGAGGGGACCCUGCAGCGAACGCACGUGUUCACGCGUCAACAACGUCUCUAGCGCUGGUGCUUGGUGGUGCCAGGCCAAAGCAUGGUAGUCAAAGAGGACACCGCGGACGCGGAAGGAACGUCGGCAAUACCGAUGAUGGAGGACGACGGGAAGCCCGCCAGCAAACGGGCAAUCAUUGCGCAGGAGAUCAAGUUCGCCCGGACACUUGCCGGUAAUGAUGCUACGAUGCGGCGCAGGGUGCUGAAGAAUCUAAAGACCUGGCUAACCACACGCAGCCAGAGCACGUUCGUUUUUAGCGAUUUGGACUUUAUGCGGCUCUGGAAGGGGCUGUUCUAUUGUAUGUGGAUGUCGGACAAGCCGCUGGUGCAGGAGGAGCUGGCCGAGUCGCUCGGUUCGCUGGUGCGGUGCUUUGACCAUGACGUUCCGGUAGCGAUGCAGUUCUUCAAGGCGUUCCUCGCCACCAUGGGCAACGAGUGGUUCGGUAUUGACCGUUGGCGGUUAGACAAGUUCAUGAUGCUGGUUCGACGGGUAACGCGGCAGGCCAUGUUUGCGCUGCACGAAGCCGGCUGGCAGAAGGAGCACGUGGAGCGCUUCAAGCAAACGAUCGACGAAACCAUACUGAACCGCGACGUCGUGUCGUACGGGCUGAUGAACCAUUUCAACGAUCUGUUCCUGAACGAGCUGGCCAAGGUGUCGAACGGGGACAUCCCGAAGGAGGCGGUAACGCAGAUACUGGAGGUGUUCGUACAGGCGCUGCUCAAAACGGACGACGGCUCGGUGAGCGCUUCGAUCAAGAAGAACAUCUUCCACGCCCUGAUGCAGCAGUCCGAGCUGGGGCAGGAGUUUCAGGAGAAGUUUGAAAUGUGGAAAAGUCACAACUUUGUCACGGGCAACAUUGAAAACGUAGAUUUUGUGGUGGAAAACGAGAAGGAGGAGGAGGAGGGUGAACAAGAUGCGGACGGUGGAGAAGCAGCAGAGGAAGGUGAAGAGGAAACUCAGCAGGGAGAGGAAGGUGAGGAGGAACAAACCGAAGCAGGUGAAGCGGACGAAGCAGAGCGAGACGAGGAUGGAGCGGAGGAAGAAAGGGUGCUAGAUCCUCGUGCCGGCCGUGUGAGCGUGGACGUUCCCCAGAUUGAGUUCGAUCCGCAGGAAAUCAUCGAACUGUUCGAAACGUAUCGCUACAAAUCGUUCGUGAAGACGAAGGGCAAGAAGCGGGCGCUGCAGCUGGUGAAACAGUUCAAAAAGUUUGCCGACGGUGUGUUCCCGAUCGGCGUGAAGCGCAUCCCGAGCAUCAACCCGAAGGACUACAACGUGGACAUUGACGAGCAGGUGAUGGAGCUGGAAAAGUAUCGCUCAGACCUGGUCGGUGAGAAGCGGAAAAGCUUAAAGGAGCUGCGGAAGGAGCGCCGACACGCGAAAAAGCUGCUGCGCGAAAAACAAGAGGCAAAGGCGAAGGCGAAGGCAAAAGCCACCACUGCUGCUGAUGAUGAUGAGGAGGAAGGUGAGCAUGCUUCCGGUGAAAAUGGUGAAGCGGCAGAUGAGCAAGACGGUGUACAGGAAGAACAGUCCGAAAACGAUGCAACCCCGGCAACGGAGAAGACUAAAAAGAAGAGACGAGUUAGGCCGACGAAAAUGAACCCAGCGAUGGCACGGAAACAGGCCAAGCUAGAGCUGCUGGAGCGGAAAAGGGAAGAAAAGAUGAAGCUGUUGAAAGAGCGGCUGAAGAAGAAAAAGAAUAAAGCUCCGUCCGAUGCAGAAACGGACGCCGUCCCACAGCUCGUGCCAAUCGUGCAACCGGAGGCACCGGCGGAAGUUGCCACCAGUAAAGCGAAGAAGCUAAAGCCAGCACCUGUACAAACGGCAAUCGAGGCGACAGUCGAGAGCGAACCAACAACACCCACAGCGAGCGGCAAAAAGAAGCAACAGGGCAAGGUAAAACCGACGACACCAAAACCCGACAGCAAACCGUUCGAAACGAAGGACGAAUGGUCGGAACCGCUGCAGGAGGGCGAGGAGGAGUAUUUCAUACCCGCGCGCAAAAUGACACCGAUUACCGCCAGGCUGGAAAAGCCACCGAAGGCAGCGGCCAAGGCAAACCUUGGCAAGCGCGUUGCGUCCGGAGGCGCGACGGACGAUGGAGAGGAACCGGUUACGCCGGCCCGAAAGCGGGUUAAGAUUGCGCUGAACAAAAACGUCGCCCAGGAUCUGGUGGAGCACAUCAAGCAGGUGAAAAGUUCGCCCCAGCUACCGUUCGACUCGGCCAAAAAGCCUUCCAAGAGCCUGCUCAAGCCGAACCUCAUUCCCAGCCCGAUCAAUCCGUUCUACAAGAAAAAGUUUGGUCUGAAGUAAAACGCUUCUUACUUACACACACCAGCCUCUCUCUCUCUCCCUCCCCUGCAUCCGGAGGAUAUCGCUUUUGUCGGGGAUUUCCUAAGGCGCAGAAGGGUGGAGGAGAGUGUACCGACAUGCUUCACAUGCUCAUACCACAAUUUGUAGAGGGUAAUAAUGUGAGUUUCUUUUUUAAAUGCAAUUAAGUGCGCUCUGUAAUGAUGUUCUAGUUGUGUAAAACUGUGUCCUAAUAAAGUCACGUGCUGUACAUGUA